CCGUCUCAGGGGCAGGGAGCAUAUCAGCCCGAAGGAUUUAAGUUUAGGAAAGUUACAAGCAACUGAAAACUGGGUCUUAUAGUGCAAAGUGUUGGGCAGCUUUAACUAGAGGUGGCACUACCAGCUGUGCGUAUGAUACCCUGAGUAUAAAGUGUGACCAAACUUACGUGAGUGAUGGAAUGAAAGAAGACGGGACUUGGUUGGCGUACUUUUAGUUUUAGCCAUAUUAGCGUGCAAGUGUUUUUGAGCACUUGUAUGUGGCCGUCUUUGAAUGUACUAUCUUGUAGUCUCCUGCUAUUCUGGUUUGUAUUUUGUUAGCGCUUUCACGACUCUUAAUACAGAAGAGAUGUGCGCAUAAUUCCAAUUUAUUUGCUCGCAUGUAGUGGAGGAUAAAGAGCAUUCAUCUGUUGACACAGGGAGAAGGCCCGGCAGCGUUUCAAGGGAGUAUAAUUGCAUUUGAUUAGUGCAGAGAGCUUGGCAGAGCGGAUCUUCUGAGACUUCACCCUGGUGCUGAUCUUUCAGAGUCAGAGAUCAGGGACACGAGGGAACAUCAGAGGCCCGACUCUGCAAAUCUUCACACAGUUCUACAAUGAGCACGAUCGUGGUUUGCCGUGAGACACGCAGGAGCUGGUGGGGCGAUCUCCAGUGAGCUUGGCUCCCGUCCACUGGUAAAGAGUUUGUCGGCAGACCAACGACCUUGGUCACCCGGGAAGAUGAGAAGACGUAUGGCCUGGUACCUGUUGGUCCUGUUGGCGGCCGCGACAACGGGCUACCCCUCUCGACGAUCCGCCGUGGACUUGGACGCGACCCCAAGGACGACGAUCGCCUAUAAGGAGUUGUCCGACGUCCGGCGCUUCAGAAGCCACGCCCUGAACUACACCACCCUGCUGCUGGAGGACGAGAAGGGGAUCCUCUAUGUGGGAGCGCGAGGGGCCAUAUUCGCCUUAAACUCCAGCAACAUUGCCGACGGCUCCCAGAGGGAGAUCCAGUGGGAGGCGUCUCCGGAGAAGCAGAACGACUGCCUCCAGAAGGGCAAGAACAACAAGACCGAGUGCUUCAACCACGUCCGGCUCGUGCAGAGGCUGAACGACACCCACCUGUACGCCUGCGGCACCUACGCCUUCCACCCGCUGUGCGCGGCCAUCGAUGCCGACAGGUUCGCGCUGCCGCCCCACUUGGAGGAGGGCAAGGAGAAGUGCCCGUACGACCCCGCCCGCGGCUACACCGGCCUCAUCGUAGACGGUGGGUUGUACACGGCCACGCGGUACGAGUUCCGCAGCCUGCCAGACAUCAGGCGCAACCUGCACCAGCGGCCCCUGAAGACGGAAGAGUCCCCUGUGCACUGGCUAAACGAUGCGGAGUUCGUGGCCUCUGUGCUGGUCCGGGAAAGCGUGCACAGCCCCGUGGGGGACGACGACAAGCUCUACUACUUCUUCAUGGAGCGGGCGGCCGAGGAGAGCGCCUCCUUUGACAAGAGCCACGUGGCCAGGGUGGCCAGGGUGGCGCGGGUGUGCAAGAGCGACCUGGGCGGGAAGAAGAUCCUGCAGCGGAAAUGGACGUCGUUCAUGAAGGCCCGGCUGGUCUGCUACAUCCCCUACUACGAAGUGCUCAAGGGCGUGCACAGCGUGGACGGGGGCAGCUGGCCCAGCACCAUCUUCUACGCCACGUUCACCUUGUCGGCUCAGUGGAGGAGCAUGGAGGCAUCCGCCGUCUGCCAGUACAACAUCUCUGAGCUGCAGAGGGCUUUCGAGGGCCCCUACAUGCAAUACCAGGACAACACCCGCAAAUGGACCCUCUACGACGGGGAGGUGCCGGCCCCGCGGCCGGGCUCUUGCAUCACCAACCGCUCCCGCGAGGACGGCUACCACUCCUCCCAGGACCUACCCAACGGCGUGCUGGAUUUCGUCAAGCUGCACCCGCUGAUGUUCGAGGAGGUGAAGCCGGCGCGGGGGGAGCCCCUGCUGGUGAAGAAGAACGUGCUCUACACGGCCCUGGCGGUGGACAGGGCGCCGGCCCUGGACGGCCAGCAGUACGACGUGCUCUUCAUGGGGACGGGUGACGGCUGGCUGCACAAGGGGGUGGUGAUCGGCUCCGCCGUACACAUCGUGGAGGAGCUGCAGGUCUUCGGGGCCCCCCAGCCCGUGGAAAGCCUGGUGAUCUCCAAAGGCCAGAGAAGCGUGUACGUGGGGGCUGCCAGCGGAGUCCUGCAGCUCCCCCUGUGCAGCUGCGCCAGGUACGGCUCCUGCUACGACUGCAUCCUGGCCCGGGACCCCUACUGCGCCUGGGACGGCGAGGGCUGCAGGGAGGUGGCCGGCGCUGCGGACAGGACCCAGCUGACCCAGGACGUGCAGCACGGCAGGGAGGGCUGCUGGAACGGCUCCGCCCAGGCGCCCCCCGUGCAGAAGAACCGGACGGUGCUGCGGGGCGACGACGUGCUGCUGCCGUGCGAGCAGCGCUCCAACCUGGCGCGGGCCGCGUGGCUGGUGAACGGCACGGCCGGGCUGGCGGCCGGGCGGGGCCACUUCCGGGUGGGGGUGGACGGGCUGCUGGUGACGGACACCCUGCCGGAGCACAGCGGCGACUACGGCUGCUACGGGGAGGAGAACGGUCUGCGCUCCCCGCUGGCCGCCUACGCCCUGACGGUGCUGCCGGAGCCGCCCAAGGAGCAGCCGGCACCCAGAGCCCUGCCGCCCCCGCACACCGACCGCCUGGCCUCCCCCGACAUGAAGUUCGUCUACAUCGCGGUGAUCGCAGUGCUGGGCGGGCUCUGCCUGGUGCUGAGUGCCGUGCUGCUCCACGUCUCCUGCUUGCAGCGCCGCAAGGGCAGGUACGUGCUAGGUGAGCCCCGCGCCUCCUCCGUGGAGCUGCAGACGGUCUCGGCCAACUGCCUGGGCAGGGGCCGGCAGGAGGAGGAGCUGAGCCGGGAGGACGGCUGCCUGCAGAUCAUCCCGGGCGAGGCCCCCACGGCGGCGUCCCCGGCCAGGGAGACGCCCCUGGCGCCCCCGCCGCCGCCCCCUCCGCUCCCGGCCGAGUUCACCAACGGCAUCGCCGCCCUGCCCAACGUGGUGCGCAAGAUGAACGGCAACAGCUACAUGCUGCUGCAGCAGGAGGAGCCCAGCCCCUCGCCCCUCUACAACACCUCCUUCGCCGAGGAGCUGAGUAAGCUCCUGGAGAAGCGCAAACACACGCAGCUGGUGGACAAGCUGGACGAGAGCUCCGUGUAGGGGCCCCCGGACGCCGGUCGGAUUCAAUCCCCCGCCCCCGUCCCCCCCCCCACCAACCAGUGUUACACAAACCCCCUGGGAAACUACCUCUGGAACCGAACCGCUGGGCCGGGCCUCGGAGCGCCGGGAUCCCGCCUGCCGGGGCCCGGAGCCCGUUGUAAAGAGACACUGAUUGAAAUGGGAAAUCUAUUUCUGUACAAAAGAUGACAAUCCGGAAAGAGGAGCCAGCAAUACGGCGGUGUCAGGGUGGGGCAGGAGGAGACGCCUGCCCGGACGCUGGCCUCGAACCGCUCCGGCAAGGCCUCUGCCCAGCCCUGGGAGCGGCAGCCGGGCCGGGGAGAGGUGGGAGCUGGCCCCUGCGUGCUGAGAAGAGAAGCUGUGAUUUGCUCAGCGAUCAAAUGGGGGGGCUGCCUCUGCAGCGCCCCCCAUUUCCUGUGCCACAGACACGGCCCCUGGGACCCACCGGACCGAGAGACAGAGACGGGGAACCUGGCGUGGGAGAGAACUGGGAGGCGGCGGGGUGAGGAGCGGGCAGUGGCUCAGCGCGGGACGGCGUCUCAGCUCCAGCGCUGGGCACGCAGCCCCAGCAGGAGCCCGUUAGUCUGUGCAGAACGACGACGCCGUGGCCGUGAAGGGGCUGGCUCCGACACAGGGCCCUGAGCUGCAGCACCGGGGGACGCCGGCUUUCAACGCAGCCUGACCUGGUGGGGAGAGAGCUGUGCCUGGCCCCUCCAUCAGCUGGAGAAGCGGCCCUGAGCUAUCCUAGCGAUGCCAGGCUGCAGCCAGGGGGUGGGCAGACAGUCACAGCGGAGUGAGUGCGUACGGGGGUCACUGUAGCGUGGGUGUGGAGCGGUAUGCGUGGGGGUCACUGCAGCGUGGGUGUGGGUGUGUGCCAGGGUUCACACCCAGCCACAGCUGCACGGGAUCUCCCCACUACCCGGCUCCCGCCCAGAUGCCCUGAGCUGCAUCCGACCCCGGGCGAUCUCGGUGUGUCCUGCCCCCCAGCUGCCACUCCCCAGCGCUGGCGCCCAACCUGCGAGACCAACCACUGCGGGUGGCAGCUCUCGACACAGGCAGACCCCGGCUCUCUGCUCGUGGCCUGGCUUCUGCCUUGGCCUGCCCCACGGGCACAUACCCUGCUGUAUUGGAACAAGUUGAGUUCACAAUGGGGGAGCCACCUGGUCUGGGGUACAGCUUAAAGCACUCCCUGUCCCGAGCCUAUGCUGGACCAACCUGGAGCCCCGAGCUUGGCCCGCUCUGGCCUGGGGAUGCCCGGCUCUUCGCCAUGGAGUUGCCCUCCGCCCCGUGGCACUGUAGCCUGCCUGCCCUGUGGCUGAAGAGAACGUGUUGUCACGGAUGCACCCACCACAGCCCCUCGGUUUUCACCCCUUCCCUAUGGCAGUGCCCUCCUUUUGCCAGGCCCCACCAGCCAUUGGGGACCAAGACCCCAGGAUCCAGGCUCAGCAACAGAGGACGGGGCGGGUGAGGGUGCAGGGUGAUGUGGCACUCAAGCAAACAGCCUCCUUCGUCCUCACAGCCGGGGGGGGGGGGCCCAUCCUGUGCUCUGUCCCAGUGCAGGACUCAGGUUACACUGGUGUAACUGGGAGCUGGCGUUGGUCCCGGAUUCCAGCUCCUCUUGGCUUCCGUUGUCUGUCUCCUGGGUCUUUCCCGCCCCAGCGCCACCUUCCUGCUUAUCCGGCCCCAACGCCCCCUGCCUAUGUAAGGCCAGAACAAAGCUGGGCAAGGGAGGGCAUUGUGACAGGCCCUGCUGUGUGUGUGUGUGUGUGUGUCUGCAUGCGUGUGUGCGCGCGUGCACUCAGCUCCAUGGGCUAGAUUGGCAGACACACGCCGUGCGACCGUGCCCGCUCACUAGCACGCCUGAGUGCAGCUCCGGGGGGUUCCCCUUCAGCUCCAGCAGCAGGGGCUAUGUUUUAGGGGCACGAGCUGCGGAGUUCUGGCCCCCGCCGUGCACACAGCCUGGGUUUAUUCCAAACACUGACCCCGGGAGCGUGCGGGUGUGCGACCCGCGCCAGAGACCGGUCCUCUGCUCAACUUGUUCUUACGGCGCCUGGGACUGCGCUCGGCUGUCCCGAGAGAGGCCAGCUCCCAGCUGAGCUCCACAGCCUCCUCCGUCCGUCCCCGCUCGGCCGCGGCUUCACCCCUGCAGAGCUGCUGCCCGGUGUAAAACGACCGUGGUUCAGUAACAAGAGCACUCGGCGCCCGGGCCUCCAGUGCGGCUUGGGAAUGGCCGGCGACAACCGUCGCUUCAAACAUAGGGACAGUCGGCUCCGGAAUGGCCACAGGCAGAUGUCCCCGAGCGUCCUGGCGAGAGAGAGAGAGACUGCAUCGCUAAGGCAACGCGCACACACCUGGCUCCAGUGGUACCUGGCCAGGCCGCUAGGCAGUGCGAGUUACUGCAUCUUCUCCUAAACAUCACCGCCACUGAGAGAGAGACCAGGCCUGUCCCGCUGUCCGCCCUGCCCAGCCAGCGUGGUCUGCCAGUGCGGCUGGAAGGGGCCCAAGCCCUGGGGCUAGCGCUGAGUCCCUCGGGACAACGUUCCCACAGCCUGGCAGAGCCCCGGCCUGCUCUCCUCCUCGGGAGGCUUUUGUAGGCUCUCACGCCAUGGGAGUUUGGCACCAGCUCUCCCUGGCUAAUUGACUUUGGCCUUCGCUCCAUUACCAGGCUGCCCUGGUAUUCGGCGCGGGGGCGGGUGGGGAGAACCACCCAUGAAGCCGCCUCGAAUCCCUGCUGUGGCUGGGAGCAGGCGGCUCCCGAACAAGCAUUUCCCCCACCCCACCCCCACCCAUCACCUUGUAACGAGAGCAGUGGGGGCCUAUGCAGGCAGAUCUGCUGGGCAAACACCCCUGCGGCUCCACUGCUUCCAGCUGUGGGCGAGCUCUCAGGGUGGGUGGAUCUUCCUCUCCCCACCACUCAGCCUGAGACGCUCUGGCAGAGCAAACAAGCUGGCUCUUAGGCUGUGGGCCAGCCCCUAGAGGGGGAUGGGAGCUGUGGAUGCCCCGUGCAUCCUCCCGUAAUCCUCCUUUGUAGCAUCAGGGGCAGCAUCAAGCAGCAUCCGUCCCCUUGCCCCCAGCCUCUCCCUCUGCAUGGAACGGGCGCCCCAGAGCACAAGGCCCGCAGCCCUGGGGUAGGAGAGCUGGCGUCAGGCCAUGGUAUCUCACAUGCUGCCUUUGCGGCAUGGAGGUUAGUGACAGAGGUGGUUCCUCUGCCUCGCCAGGGCAGGACAGGCCCCCUCCAGCACCUGUGCCAGGCCUGUGAGGGGCUGCCAGGCUGCCCACUCCAGUGGUCUCUGAGCACCCACCUGCUCUAGCUUUAAAUGGCCCAGGCGAUGGGGUUCCCACAGCCACAUCACCCUCCUGGGCUGAGCCCUCCCGCCUGCCUCGCCAUACAGUCGCAGGGGAAAGUUGCGCUCUCCAAGGGGUCCCUCGCUGGCACCCCCAGACCCUGCCCAGCUGAUGUGGAUUGCUGUGAGCUGCAGCUGACCCUGGUACUGGCUGGCCCCAGGGGAUGUGCUGCCCAGAUGAGUGGAGGAAGGGCUGGGUGGCGCCUCACCUGGGGCAAUAAUGUCGCAGAGUCUGCAUGGCUCAGGCUGUCCUCUGCUGGCCUGCCAUGCUGCCGAGCCAUUCUAGACCUGGCUAUGCCCGGCCCAGUGCGUGGGAAUUGGGAGGUGGGGAGGCGGCGGCGUGUACAGAACAUCCCUUGUGUGGAAAAUAUUUCAGUGGGAGGGUGUCUGGGCCAGUGAUAGGCUCUCUGUUCCCAGCUCUGGGAGGGGACUGGAAGUCAGGACGCCUAGGUCUAUUCCCAGCUCUGCCACUGACUCACUGGCUAACCUUGGGCAAGUCACCGCCCUGCUCUGUGCCUCAGUUUCCCUUCCUUAAAGCAAGGGUAAUUUCUCCCUCCCUGCUGUUGGGAGGUGCGUGGGGGGGCACUCUGGCAUUGGGACAGUGUGGUAGAAAUGCAGAGCGAGCCGGCUGAUGAUCCAACAGCAUUGGCCCCAGGCGCUGCUGUAGCCAUCCGAGGCCAUUGCUGCGGGGUUGGUAAGGCUGCUGCUGGGCUCUGCACCCCAGCAUUGUGGGGCCUCGCCCAUUCCCCAGCCGUGCCAGGGAAAGCCCCCAGUCAGCAUGGCUCGGGGAGCGCAGCGCAGCCCCAGGGCGGUGUGUGUGCACCAAGGGGUGGUCUGUGGGGACUUAUGUCCUUUGGCCCUGCUCCUGCGCAGAUCGUUGGCCAGCCUCGGUGCCUGGUUCCUGGGAUGGGAAGGGGAGGGAGGAAUCGGCGUGGCCGGGGCUGAAUCGGUGGCUGAUCCCCUGGGAAGGGGCAGGACUGGAGCCCUGCAAAACGGAAGCACCUCGUCUCCAAGACAGCUUGAUCUAAACCCUAUGUACCAACCCAGCUGCCCAGCGGCCUGGCUCGUCCUCCGUGACAUUCCACCAUGGACAGUCAUAGCGGCAGCGUACAGCACCGUGCGCCUGGUUGCGUCUGCCCCUUGCUGCUCAAUAAACCUGGAUCUGUCUGAAUGA